CCAUUCUGCUCUUGUGUUUAGCCUAAUCUCUUUAUACUAGCCAGGCGCUCGUUAAUCACCAUCAUGGCUAGCCAGAAUCCCACAGAUGCCGCCGCCUCGGGCGCUGCUGCUCCCACAACCCUGCCCGAUCGCACUCAAACCCCCGCCGGUAACCAGGCCGGCGAGUCUAAGAACGCCGCGAAGAAGGCUGAGAAGGCCGCCAAGCUGGCUGCGGCCAAGGCUGAGAAGGCUGCGAAGCACGCUGCUGGUGUGAAGACUGAGGGCAAGAAGGAGGCUAAGAAGGCUCCUAAGAAGAAGGUUGACGGCGCUGCUUUGAUCGGUAUCGAUGCGUCCAAGGAGGAGAACUUCCCGGACUGGUACCAGCAAGUUCUCACCAAGGGAGAUAUGCUGGACUACUAUGAUGUGUCGGGCUGCUUCAUCUUGAAGCCCGCCUCGUAUUUCAUCUGGGAGGAGAUUCAAGAUUGGUUCAACAAGAAGAUCAAGAAGAUGGGUGUCAAGAACUGCUCGUUCCCCUUGUUCGUUACCGAGGAUGUGUUGCAGCGUGAGAAGGACCACAUUGAGGGUUUCGCUGCUGAGGUCGCCUGGGUGACUCACGCUGGAUCGACUCCUCUUGAGAAGAAGAUUGCCAUCCGUCCCACCUCCGAGACUGUUAUGUACCCCUACUAUUCCAAGUGGAUUCGCAGUCACCGUGAUCUGCCCCUGCGCCUCAACCAGUGGAACUCCGUCGUCCGAUGGGAGUUCAAGAACCCCCAGCCUUUCCUGCGAACUCGUGAGUUCUUGUGGCAGGAGGGUCACACUGCCCACCUGACUGAGGAUGUCGCUCGGAAGGAGGUGCUGCAGAUUCUUGAUUGGUAUGCCGAUAUCUACUCUGAGCUUCUUGCGGUUCCUGUCGUCAAGGGCCAGAAGACCGAGAAGGAGAAGUUUGCUGGUGGUCUCUACACCACUACUGUCGAGGGUUAUAUCCCUGCCACUGGUCGUGGUAUCCAGGGUGGUACCUCCCACGGCCUCGGCCAGAACUUCAGUAAGAUGUUCAACAUCACCGUUGAGGACCCCUCCGCCAAGCCUGGUGAGCAGAAGGAGCCCCUGCACGUCUGGCAGAACUCCUGGGGUCUGUCGACCCGCACCCUGGGUGUCAUGGUCAUGAUCCACAGUGACAACAAGGGUCUGGUCCUUCCCCCUCGUGUGGCUGAGACCCAGGUCGUCAUUGUCCCCGUCGGUAUCACUGCCAAGAGCACCGAUGAAGACCGUGAGAAGCUCUACGCUGAGAUCGACGGUCUGGUUACCGUCCUCGAGGCUGCUGGUGUCCGUGUCCAGAGUGACAAGCGUGAGGGCUACUCCCCCGGUUGGAAGUUCAACCAGUGGGAGCUCCGUGGUGUGCCCCUCCGUCUGGAGUUUGGCCCUGGCGAGUCGGCUGGUCACUUCGUCACUACUGCCCGUCGUGACAUCCCUGGUAAGGAGGGCAAGUCCACCCUUCCCAUCACUGACCUGGUUAGCGGCACUACUGCGCUCCUCGAGACUAUUCACACCGACAUGUACAACCGUGCCGAUGCCGAGUUCAAGGCCCACCGCCCUCUGAUCACCAACUGGGACGACUUCACUCCCGCCCUGAACGCCAAGAACCUCUGCCUCGUUCCCUUCUGUCUCCAAAUGGACUGCGAGGAGUCGAUCAAGAACCAGAGUGCCCGCAAGGCCGAGGAGGAGUCCGGCGAGGUCACUGACGCCAAGGCACCUUCCAUGGGCGGCAAGAGUCUGUGCAUUCCCUUCGAGCAGCCCGAGGGCAUCGAGCCCGGUGUUACCAAGUGCAUCAACCCCAGCUGCUCCAACUUCGCCGAGAAGUGGUGCAUGUUCGGCCGCUCCUACUAAGCCGACUGGUCAAGCCUCUGACCUCCAGGCAAAUACCCACCUCAGCCCUUGCAAGGGUAUGAGCUGUGGUUUUGCUUUCUCUUCUUUCCUCUCGAGAACGUGGAGUUGAAUUCGGAGAGUUUCAUGUCGUAAAAAUCAUUCGGACCCCUACAUUUGAAGUGACCAACAAGGGGUCCCAUCCAAGAUACCUUGUGCAUUCUUUCAUUGUUGUGGAGUUGAGGCUGGAAUACGGGGUUGCGUCGGGGAGAUCGUUAGUUACAAUGAGCCUAUGAGCAGAAAUGAGUGACGUUUUCCAUUUUUUUUUAAUUAUAAGCGAAGAUAUCCUGUACUUUGAAUCAUUGAACAAAGAAAAUCAGGAAUAGUAGUACAAUACAUAUUGCCUACGCGCUAGAGAC